GCAUCUGUUCCUCAUAUCUUCUUAAUAAUAAAAACUUGUGUCGCUUUGUAUGCAAAACAUCAAAUUUUUGGCAAUAUGAAGCAGGAUACUUAUGUUUUAUAUCAUACUUUGGGUGUAGAGCCUAGCACUAAAAUAUAUCCAGAUAAAAAUCCAAAUGCUACUGUUCAGAUUCAGAAAUUUAAAGACCGUUAUGCUACUUUCAAUUCUGAUUAUUUUUAUAAUUCUGUUUUUCGUCUUCUUAUUGAUGAAAGAUUGUUAGAGGUUGAAUUAUGGAACCGACUUGGUGAAGCAGAAUUAUAUGGUGAAAAUAAACAUGUAACUCAUCUUUCAAUCUUAUACACAUGCCUUCGAACAAUUAAUCUUUUGGAAAAUCCUUAUAAUAUGAAUAUGCAUGCCAGCCAUUCUCAUAUAUAUGCAAAUGCCGUAUUACAAUAUUAUGUUG